AUAUCGAAUACUUUUGUGUCCCUAAUAAACUAUGGAAAGCUCUCAACUAUUUUUUAUCAUCAUGUUCCUCUACACAAUAGUCUUAUCGAUAAGCUCAAUCAACUGCACAGAGAAGAAUAACAAUCACGUCACAAACCAAGUUGCUUUGUUCGUGUUCGGAGAUUCUCUGUUCGAUGCCGGAAACUACAAAUACAUCAAUAAUAAUACAGCUUUCCAAUCAAAUUUCUUUCCGUACGGUCAAACCACUUUCAAAUUUCCAACCGGAAGAGUCUCUGACGGACGUUUGAUUACCGAUUUCAUAGCUGAGAACGCAUGGUUACCACUGAUCCCACCAAAUCUACAACCAAGCAAUAGUAACAAUCAAUUUACCUAUGGAGCUAAUUUUGCUUUUGGCGGUGCUGGAGCUUUGGUAGAAACCUUUCCAGGAAUGGUGAUAGAUUUGGGAACACAGUUAAAUAGCUUCAAGAACGUUGUCAGGAGCUUGAAAUCUGCAUUAGGAGAUGCAGAGGCCAAGACGAUUUUCUCAAGAGCUGUUUAUCUGUUUUAUAUCGGAGGCAACGACUUAGUUUAUCCCUUAGUUGCAAACUCUUCACUUUUCCAGUCCAAUACCAAAGAAAAGUUCGUUGAUUUUGUUAUUGGUAACACAACAUCCGUGGUCGAGGAAGUGUAUAAAAUAGGAGGAAGAAAGUUUGGAUUCUUGAAUACUGGAGCAUACGAGUGUGCACCAGUCAUAUCGAUCUUAGACACAACAAACAUAGGAUCAUGUUCCAAACCAGUCGCUGAGCUGAUAUAUUUGUACAACAAGAAGUUUCCGGAUGCUUUACGGCGGCUACAACAUGAACUUUCCGGAUUCAGAUAUGCCCUUCACGACUAUCACACUUCUUUGUUGGAAAGAAUCAACAAUCCUUCUAAAUACGGGUUUAAGGAAGGUAAGAUGGGAUGUUGUGGAAGUGGACCAUUGAGAGGAAUUAAUACUUGUGGGAAUCAAAUGGGAAAAAGUUACGAAUUAUGCGAAAACGUUACCGAUUACUUGUUUUUCGAUGCCUCUCAUUUGACAGAGAAGGCCCAUCGACAAAUUGCAGAGCUGAUAUGGAGCGGACCGCCUAAUGUCACUGGACCUUAUAAUCUUCAAGCUUUAUUUGAACUUAAUUGAAAUCGCCGAUGUAUGUCUAUGAAAAUAAAGAUGAGAUUGCUAUAUAUCUUGUCGUUUUUUUUUUGCACAAGCUUUAUUUGAACUUAAUUGCUAUAUAUCUUGUCUAAGCUUGUUACUAAUAUACUAUGUUUCAAAUAAUAUCAAGAUUGAUGAAUGCUUUGUGAUAAUAUCAAUACUAUUAAAAA